UUUCAGUGUGAUUAAAAAAAACCUAAUUGAGAAGAAAAUGGAAGAACUAUCUGAGCAAGAAUUCGCAAGGUUGACCGCUGUAGAGAGGUCAGCGUAUUUGGCCGCGUUACUGGGAGAUAAGUCAGGCCCUGAGAGUUCCACGUCAGAUAGUGAGGAUGAAGAGUGGUUUUUGUUAGCGAGAGAAGAGUCACAACGUCUGACUGAAAUUUCUGACAGUGAAGAGAUACCUGGUGACCGUGAUAGCGAAGUCCAGCAAGAAGAAUAUGACGACGAGACUACUGAAGUGGACACAUCACAUGAAUCGGCGCCUGAUUUUCUUGUGGCCAAGGACGGUACAAGAUGGAAAAAACACCAACUUCCAAUCAACGUCAAAUUGCAGCUCCAAAUAUAA